CAAGCUGCAAAUGCUGCAGCAGAGAGAGCCCCCCCAAAAGGCUGAGUUAGUUGCUUACUUGCUGGCUGCACAAAAAAAUGGCUGUAACUAUCAAAAACCUCUGCUGUUUCUCUGGGACAUCCUUUUUCUCUUUUGGUAAUUUGGUUUGCUCGCUGGGUUUGUAAGGUUUGUGUCACUUUCAGAUUGGUGCAAUCAGUUGUUUUUCUCCAUGGGGAUACUAGGGAAAUGAAAUGACAGUAAUGUUUGACAGAUAAAGGAUGUCUGUAAGAAACAGUUUUUUUAAGUUUGGUGGAAAUAAGGUAAAGUUUUUGGAAUGCCAUGCUCACUCAGUAUAUUGGCUAGGGAUGUGUAUGGGUAUGGAAAAGGUAAUUUAGGGUGUGGGUAAUGGUGCAACUCUUAAUCUGGCAGUUUAUAACCAUACAAAAUAAGGUAUUCGUCAUAUUUAAUUUUAUCUUAUAAGUAAUCAUUUUUAGUAGUAUUGAAGGUUCAAUAAUAGCAACUCACUGUGUGAGCUUCCAUCCUACUUAAAAGCUAAUGCUUUUUUUCAAAUAAACAUAUCAAAGAAGGAUAAGUAGUCGCGAGGAAAAUACUCAUCAUCAUGAAUGUAAGUACACAAGUAUAAGAAAGAAGUCUAAACAAUUAUUUCCCUUCGGGAGAGAAUGGUAACUAUUCACAAGCUAGGGCAGCCCUGAUUAGCUUGAUCUUCCAAGUUUUUCACAUCAAAAUGAAAUGUUUUUCUACAAUUAAAAUGUAAUUUUUUAGUUGUAAGAAACAAAACAAAAAAACUCAACCAUUUUGUUCAUCAUACUAGAAAGUAUAGAUUAUAUAUUAGUAGUCCAAUAGCAAGCUAAAAACAUUAUAUUUGACAAUCUAAUUUCAAAUACUUGUUAUAUUAAGGUCUAACAUAUGCUUGAAAUACAUAUUGUCAUAAUAAUUAGAAUUAGAGAAUUCAUUUAGAAAAGCAUCUAUUCCUUUUUGUAUGACUGAACCUUUUUGUCACAAUCAAGUGGGGAAAACUCAUUCAUAAGUUCAACUUGGUGGUUGAAGUUUUGUGAGGCCUCAUUGAAAACUAAAAUGCAAUAAUUAACUAAGUAAAAAUUAAAUUAAUUAAAGUCAUCCGAUAUCCGAACAUUCAUUAUUAUGUAGUCCUGUUUUUCCCCUGAAACAAAACAAUUGUUUGGUCUUCCAUUGAUGGCUACGUGGCAAAUGAAAUUGUCCACGUUUUUAUUUUAUUAAAAAUUGACAUUAUGUAUUUGGGUGGGAUACUAGUUAUCUCCACUAACUUACACAUCUUCUAAUCUAUGAAGAAAAUGGACACCCAACAAAAAAAAAAAAAAAUCUACAAACUGGUCGAUGCAAACUGUAAGUUUGUUUACCCAGUCACUGAGAUUACAAAAAAGUUCAAGUUUGAUCACUCGAAAUAUUUAAAUCCAAUGGUGAUACUUCAGUUUACUCAUACCGUUCACGUUUGGUCACUCUUCACGUCGACAUCAACCUAUCAAACGUCGCGAUGCUGCGUUGCGCAUCCCAUUUCCCGGAGAUGACGGAGGAAUUCGCCGACAAGAAUCUCGAAUCUCGAGCCGAGUCCUACCUCACCCACGUCGUUCUCACCAGCAUCCCCAACUCCAUCGCCGUCCUCCACACAUGUGACACCCUAAUCUCGUCCCCGGAAGAAAUCACCAAUCUCGUCCCCCGCCUCAUCAACUCCAUCGCCAACAAUGCCUGCAAAGAGCAGCUCGCCUCCGGGCUACCCAAGCUCAACCACACCUACCCGUCCAAGCUCCCAAUCCCUACCUCCGACCCGAACACACCGUCCAAUUGGUGGGGGAAAUCGCUUGUUGUUUUAAGCCUCGAUUUCUUCCACCGGGUUUUGACCACCGUCAAAUCCAAAGGCUUGAAGCAGGACGUGAUUAGCAACAUCUUGAUCAAUUACGCCCACAAUUCGCUGUAGGGGAUCGUGAUUAGGGAUCCGCAGUUUGCCAAGGGGAUCCUGCUCGUGUAUUUCGAGCUUCAGAAGCGGCAGAGGGUGAUUGUGGAAACGAUUGUCGGUCUGCUGCCGACUCAGUCCAGGAAGAGCCAUGUCCCCAUGGCGUUCCUCUCCAGUUUGCUCAAGACGGCCAUUGAUGCGUCGGCGACUAAUUCCUGUAGGUCCGAUUUGGAGAGGAGGAUUGGGCUUCAGCUUGACCAGGCCAUGUGGAAAGGAUUGAAGCCGGCGCCGGGGAUUGGGCAGGAGUCAGAGUCGGGUGGUGGUGGUGGGGGGAGUGUUGCUACGGUGGUCGGGUUCCGCGACGGUGGUGGAGGUUGGGUCGGGUAUGGGGGUUUGUAGAAAAUAAAUUAGGUUUUUUAUAUUUUUAUAUUUUAAUGAAUGUAAUAUUGAGGU